AGGUGACGUCCCCCCGGGCAGCACCACCAUUGGGGCUGGGGGAGCAGAGCCAGGGACACGGCGCGGCCACCAAGUCCCAGCCGAAGCCACCCCACCAGCAGACAGCCUCCAGCCGCCCGGGCUGCCUUCGGAGGAGCCGCACCAGCAGGGCGAGGGAGGGGAUCCCUGCUCCCGGUGGGACACAUCCUGCGGCUGGCCCCCGUCCAGGGCUCCCCAGUGCAGGACGAACGUGGCCGUGAGUCCAGCCGAGGGCCCCGGAGGAGGUGAAGGGACCGGAGCAGCCUCCAGGCACGGUGAGGCUGAGGGGGAGGCCUCUGCUCAGCCCGGACGAGAGGAGGCUCAGGGGCGUCCAUGGAGGCACCAAAGAGCUGGCGGGGGAGAGGUGGGCGGAUGGAGCCCGGCUCUUCCCAGGGGUACCCAGGGACGGGACGGGAGGGAGCGGGCGCAGCUUGGGGGACAGGAAAUCUUCGGACAGAGGCCACACAGCACCUCCCCUCCUCUCUGUCUGGCUCCCUGCACCCCCGGGGACUCGGCGUCACCGGGGGCCAGCUGGGGCCAAGGCCACGCGCGGGCAGAGCCAGGGACAUGGAGCUGGAGCCAAGCCCGGCCCCGUGGUGCCCAGCCCGGCCAGGGUAGGAGGAAGCAGAGGGGAGGCGAGCAGAGCAGAGCGGGGCCGUGCCCGGCCCCAUAAAAAGCCUCUGCGGGGCCGGGCAGCGGCAGGACACCCGGGGAGCAGUGGCAGAGGCGCUCAGGGCCAUGGAGCAGUACUUCUCGGCCACCCAGAAGAUGGAGCAGGAGGUGAUGUUCCCCAGCCUGCUGCGAGGGGUCUUCCCGCAGCAGGACCAGGACGGGGCGGCCCCGCACGAGGGCGGCCCCGCGGACCUGUACGAGCGCUACCAGCUCCUCAAGGCCAUCAAGCCCGUGGUGGAGCGAGGCCUGGCCUCCGUCACCGACCCGAGCCCCAGCGGGGACACCGACGGCGACGCCGACGCAGAUGACGCCGCCGUGGACGCUCGCCUGGAGGAGCGCCUGUCCCACCACCUGGCCGGCUUGCAGCAGGUCCUCACCCACCUCACCAGGGACACCAACGCCCUCACGCGCAGGUACAGCCAGAUCCUGGAGCAGAUCAGCCCCGGCGACGGGCAGCCCAGCUGGUGAACCUGCCGCGGCCUCCAGCCCCGCUCGGCCUCCUCGCACCGCGGCAGCUGACCUCCAGCGCCAGGACUGCCCGCCAGCCGCAGCUGGGACCCGCGGGGAACGCGAUGGGGCCGUAUCCUCAUAGGAAGAGCCAUCGGUUCCCUCCUGGGGCCACCAGCGGAGCUGCCCGCCUCGUGCCCUCCUCUUUAUUUUCAAAGAGCAGCAGCAGCGGCGGCGGCGGCGGCGGCAGGCGGCGGCCUCGCUCUCUUGCACUGAGCUCUGCGGAGCCCCGGUGAACGCCGGAGCCGUCUCCAGCUGGUACCUGGACACGCGCGGGACUUUUCCCCUCUCUUUGCUAAUAAAAGGACCCCUCUGAAGCGGC